GUAAAGAUAUGAACAAUGAUGAAAUAAGUGAUGAGGAUAUAUGUAUAGAUAAUGAGGAAAUAAGUAAUGUUAUACAAACACGAAGUAGGACGGUAAGAAAUACAAGGAAUACAAAAAAUACUACUAGGGCGACUACUGUCAGUAGGCGAACUAGGGGAAGGCAUGUUCCUGCUGAGCCAGAUUACGAUGUGGAAUUCGUGCGGCACGAAAUGCCCGAACCUCGUACGAACGAUAUAAUCGCAUUGUCAGAUGAUGAAGCCGAAGAUGAAUUUUUAUGCAUGGAAGAUGAAUUUUUAUGCUUGGAAGAUGACAACUAUGAGAUAAAUAUAAAAGUGCAUUGGAGAUCGAAUAGGAUUGAUCGUUUAAAUAUGCGUAGACAUGACAAUUUCAAAAGAAUUUUCCAACAUUACGCCGACUUGGAAAAAGUUUCCAUCAACGAGGUUCUAAUCAUGAAAAAGGAUAAAAUUGUCAACCACACUGAUACGCCUGCGUCGCUCAAACUUUCCAUCAUAGAUAUACUCGACGGUGGGAUAGUGAAUCCAGGCAUGAACACAUUAUCCAAGGACAAGAGCAACGAUGAGGACGUGUGUACCAUUAAGGUGCAAACGGCGAACAAAAAACAGUCCUUGACUAUCCCGCUUAGGAAGGACGAACACUUCAAGACACUAUUCGCUAAAUGCGCCGAGCAACUCGGCAUUACGGAAAGUAAUCUGAAACUUUACUUUGACGGAGAACAGAUCAGUCCGACUGACACUCCAGAGUCCUUAGAUCUCGAAGAAGAGGCAUGCGUCGAUCUUCGUAUCUCUACGUAAUGAAAAAGGAUAGUCUAAUUCUUUUUAUACAUUUUUACGUGCAUUAUUUAUAUUCUGUAUUAUAAAUAUAUCUGUCUCUGUACUGUGCAUGUUAUAUUUUAUAAGCACGUGUAAAUAUCAUCAUGUCUUGCCUAGCUAAUGAAGUAUAAAUUAAAAAUAAAUAAUAUAAAUAUAAAUAUUAUGAAUCGCCAUUUGCGUACGCAAAAUCUCAGAUGUAUAAACUACAAGCACUAUAAAUCACCUUUCGAAAUCAAAUUGCACUUUUAAUAGAAUUGCAUGCAAUAUGAUUUUAAACAUUAAAUUAUUUUAUUUCUCUAAAAGUGCUUUUAUCUUCAUGUAUAAAUAAACAAUUAUUAACAUUCAUAUAUUACUGAGUAUUUUUUAUUAUUAAUUGUUAGUCUUACAAGAAUAUAUGUAUUUGAUUAAAGAUCAUGUAAUUGUUUACCUUUCUGCGUUUGUCAUCUACAAUUAUAUUUAUUGAGACGACAUAUUAGUUUUGUAAGAAUUAAAAUUCCUCAAGAUAUUUUUACAACAACAACGAAUCAUAUAUUUAUUGUGAUACAUUAUUAUAUAUAUUAUACAUAAUGUACAUAACAUUACUGAUAUGCUCUAUAGGUAUAUAAAUGUAUUGUACUUAUAUACAUAUAAAGCGCACUCAAUACUUCUGUUUAUUAUUCUGCACAAUAUAUUGACUGUACUACA